AUGCAUGCCAUGAGUCCAUUAAUGGAAUAUACUUUGGAAAGUGUCCAUCCAGUGGAUAGUCUACGGCUAAUUUUGUCAAUCGUUUGGAUUAUAAAAAACGAUUUUGCCAAUCAUACUAUAUCGCCAGUUACAUUGGGCCAAUAUGCCAUAAGUAGCUCGGGUCGUCGCUAUCAGGGUGACUUGAUUGAUGAAGUGCUGGGUAGAGUCCAAACCGACAAUGCCAUUAUCCGAUAUCAGGUGGAAGGUGAACACUAUCCCAAAGAUAUGACAGAGGAAAAUAUGACCGAUGACGAAUUGUGGGAGAGAUUUUACCAUACAUAUGCUAACCGCGAGAAAUCCAUAUGGUUUUUGGAUAGCAUGGAAGCAUUCAAAAAAUUGGAAAGGGAUUUGCUUGAUCCCAAAUUUCACUAUCAUCGCAAUGGAUAUUUCCUGCUGAUCUAUACGGGUACUGAAGCUGAACGUUUGGCCAAUUUGAAGGAGAUAUUUCGCCGACUUUUCAAUAUAUAUGUCAUAAAUGUACAGGUUAUGCUGAUGAUGGGCAAUGCACCAUUUUUGUACACCUAUUUCCCAUUUACGCCCAACCAUUGUCAUUCUUCGCAACCGGAGUUCUUUGCCUCCUUCGAAGGGAUUCGAUUCGAUAAUGUGGGAAAUUUUACUUUGAACCGAAAGCUAUUUCCGGUGAAAGUAACCAACAUGCAUGGCUGCGAUGUGAAAAUUGCAACAUGGACGUUCAUGCCGUAUAUGAGCGUGCAUAAAGAUCCUCAAACAAAUGAGUAUCGUUUAGGUGGCAUUGAGGGAACCCUGAUUGGACUGCUAUCGAAUCUCAUGAAUUUUACUAUUAUCGUAACGGCGCCAGAUCCUAAGGAGUGGGGGGAUAUUUAUCCAAAUAAGACAGCAACGGGAGCAAUAAAAAUGAUAAUCGAGGAAGAAGUCAACAUUACCGUGUUGUCCUACACACACAACAAAGUUAGUGGCAUUGCCAUGUCGCCCAGCCUUAGUUACCUUAGCCUGCCCUUCUAUCUGGCCAUUCCCGCUGGCAGUCCCAUGAGCCCUUUAGAGCGUCUUAUGAAACCCUUUCACCUUGUCACCUGGAUUUGUCUUGGUUUCAUUUUUCUAUCUGGGACUGUGCUCAUCUACUACAUUCGCUACAUGGGCAAGUCGCAACACAUGGACUUUGUCUAUGGGCGUGGCAAUCGCAUACCUUUUACUAAUUUUAUUGCCACUCUAUUUGGUGGGCCCGUGUAUGGCAAGGUGCCCUAUAGGAAUUUUGCUCGUUUCAUUUUGGUUGUAUGGAUUUGGAAUACAACUGUCCUGCGUACAGCCUACACCAGUGUUCUGUUUACAAUUCUGCAGGAUUCCAAUGUUCGCAGCUGCAUGACCAGCUUCAAGGAUGUGGUAGAGCGCAACUAUACCAUUUACACAUUUCCCGAACUAUUACAGAUACUUGAGAUGCUCGAUCCCAAACCCAAGACACGGUUGAUAGAGGGCGCGAAUCGUGUUUCUGAGAUGUUUGCAAAAAUUAGCGAUCCAAAUGAUAAUGAUAAAGUGGCAAUGUGCAAUUUGGAAUACACCAUACGUUGGUACAAUCAAUUGCAUCCCCAUCGUAGGGUCCAGAUACUGCAACAGCCGUUAUUGACCGCUCCCAUUGUUUUCUUCAUGCCACGUCAUUCGUAUGUGCGUUUCCAGCUGAAUGAGUUGAUUUCGAAAAUAUUGGAGGCAGGUAUUAUGCAACGCUAUGCGUCUAUGUAUCUGUACACGACUUUGGGCACACGGGCACAAGGUGAGCCAUCACCGCUAUCAUUCAAAUUACUUUUGGGCAUAUUUGUCGUCUAUGCUGUCCUCAUUAUAUUGGCGUUCUUCGCAUUCAUAUCGGAGUUGUGUACUCGUAAAUCUGUGCGAAUUCGAAACAUUGUUAAUUUCGUGGAUAUGUGA